UAAAUUCCUCUCAAAUCUCAUAAACAAACCCAACUACCUUCAUCUCGAUCUCAUUCCUAUCUCAAUCUCCCAAAACAAACCGGGCUAUAAAUAUAGAUGAUAUGAUAUAUAUGAUUUCACCCGAGUUAAAAGAGAGGGAUCUCUACUAGGAAAAGUCCUUGUCUGUGGAAUUGUUCCUUAGGGUUUCGCCUGAUGAACUGGAAGAUGGAUGAUGAAUCUGGUUUUUGUUUCGACGAGAGAUGGAUGAUGAAUGAUUUGAUUAAGUUGGAGUCAAGUAUAGAAGAGUGGUCAUAUUUGGGGUACUUUGAAGGGAUUGAUGAAUUGCGAAUUAUAAGUAAUUUGCAGGUGGCUUGCAAGAAGGGGGAUUCGCAACGGGUGGAGAAGUUGAUUGGAAGGGGUCUCCAUAUUGCUGCGGAGAGUGGCGAAAUUGAUGUAAAAAUAAAUCUGAUUCUUAAAUAUUGCCCUGAGUCUGCUGAAAAAACAAGGGAGACUUGUCUUCACGUGGCCGUCAAGCAUAACCAGAUCGACGUUGUUCUCCGCCGCUUGUUAAAAUGGGUUAUCGGAGAAAGGCCUCGCUUCCUGCAUGUACUUGAUUUCAAGGAUCAUAAAACUUCAACUUCAGCCAAACAACAUUAUACAAACAUCCCGGCUUUAAGAGUAUUUCUUCCCUUGAACUCUGGUGGUUCUGUUGCUAUGGAUAUCUCUUAUGACCUAUCUUAUUUAAGUUUUCUCGGGAUUCGUUGGGAACCUAGAGCUAUGAUAUCCUGGGAUUUAACCAAACACAAAAUCAAACACACUGAUGAUUAUAGUCAGAAAAGGUUGUCCAACGGCUCAAGGGAUUUGACCAUGCAAAUAAUCGAGCCCAAUGAUGAUUAUAGUCAUAGAGGGUUGUCCAAUGGCUUAAGGGAUUUUACCAUGCAAAUAAUCGAGCUCAAUGAUGAUAACGGCUCAAGGGAUUUGACCGAAGAAAAAAUCAAGCGCAAUGAUAAUCGUAAUCCUAGAGGGUUGUCCAACAGCUCAAGGGAUUUUACCAUACAAAUAAUCGAGCCCAAUGAUGAUCAUAGUCAUAGAGGGUUGCUCAAUUGCUCAUCCAAUAGAAGCAUGGUUGAGCCCUCUGUUCGAUUCAAAUGUGGUUUACUACUGAUAGCCGCACUGAUCGCAGCAACAACCUUGCAAGUACCUUUUCACUUCCGUGGCAGCACUUCCAAAGAGGGCUAUGAACAACAUUCAAUCAUGCGUAGCUUGAUCAUCUGGUGCAAUUCCCUGGUGUUCAUUGCAUCAAUGGGUGUUAGUGCAUUCCUUCUGCUUGAAUUCCCACUGAAGCCGUUGUCUCAUAGCACAAUUUUGGGUCUAUUUGCUGUGUACAUGAUCCAAUUAAAUGAAAUCAUGCCCAACGGAGCUUUGGCGCUGUUCUUCAUAUCAAGUCCCAUUUUGUUGGUUGGCAUUUGCAGGGAAGCUUUAUGGCUUUGCAAACCAAAGACUCACUUGAGCACUUCAGGUGAUGUUAGUUCUCGUUGAUCAUGUUUUCUUUGGGUUGAAACAUCUGGUGCUUCAACUUUUAAGUUAUGAGUUGAAUAAAUAAAUAAAUAAAAUAGGUGUUCUUCCUCAUGGUUUGUUUCACUUUCCUGUUGUUGGGACUUGGCAGCAAAACUGUAGCGUGUCUGCACCUUUGCUUGGAGUCAGGUCUGUUAUUAAUUUCUAGUAAUGCAUAAUAAACAACUUAGAGCUUCUUGAAUGGUGUCUU